AGCAAACAAAACCAGACCACACAGACAAAAGCAGUCAAGUCCAGGAAGAAGAAGCAAACCAGAGAAGACAACCCACCAUUGAAAAAAAAAAUUAAGGGCACCACAAGAGAGAGCUAGGGAGUUAGUUGAGGUAGAAAGAAGGUUAUCUCCAUGGCUGAAGAUUUCCAAUCCAGUAAUUGGUGGAAGACAUCAAGAAGUAGAGGCCGCGUUGACGCCGGCAGUAGCGACGACUACGAUGGCGCCUCACCGGCAACAUCGACCACAAUACCUGAAGGUACCGGAGCCCCGUUCGCUUGGCAGGUUGGCGCCGCAGCAACCCGCCAGCUCAAGGACUCCACCUUACAACUCUCCGGCUUCGGCCUCUCAUCCCCCUCCAUGGAUUGGGAUCAAACCCUACUUAGCAGUAGUGGAAGGGGAGAAAGUAGCUUUCAAGCCAUGCUUCAGGAGGAUUUGAAUUCAAGAUCAGUUUUUUCUGCAGCUCAUGAAUCUUCUUCAUCCAGUCCUGUGCAACUCAAACAUAUAAAUCAGCCAUUUUUCUUCGAUAACUCAUCAAUUUCUGGCAGUGGUUUCCCUCUAGUUUCCUCCACUUCUUCUACUUCUUCAAUCAUGCAAGGAUUUCUGGAGAACGAUUCAAGACAUGAACAAUCUCUAUUUGAUAGCCAACAAAUGUUUCAUUAUCAGCAGUCUCAGUUCAUUCAACAGAAGCACCAAUCUGCCAUGGUUAAUCACUUGCAGUUCACAAAUAAUACCCCUUUUUGGAAUGCUUCCUCUUUCUCUCAGCCUUUUGAUCUGCCCAUAAAGGGCUUGGAAGGAGGGCAAGAGAAGAAGAGCAGCAGUGAGCCUGCACUGAAAAAAAUUCGAGCUGAGACAGCUUCGACAUUGCCAACUUUCAAAGUGAGGAAAGAGAAAUUAGGGGACAGAAUCACAGCUCUACAGCAGUUGGUUUCGCCUUUUGGAAAGACUGAUACUGCAUCAGUGCUUCACGAGGCCAUUGAAUACAUCAAAUUCCUUCAUGAUCAAGUUAGUGUCUUGAGCACUCCAUACUUGAAGAAUGGCCAUCCCAUGCAACAACAACAGCAGAGCUCAGAAAAGUUCGAGGAAGGUGAGUGGCAAAAGCAAGAUCUAAGAAGCCGAGGACUAUGUUUGGUUCCCAUUUCAAGCACUUAUCCUGUGGCCACUGAAACUAAUGCUGAUUUUUGGACUCCAACUUUUGGAGGAGCCUACAGAUGAUGAAGAAAGCUGGAUAGACUGUUAAUUAGGGUUUUGAGGAAGAUGAACUUUGUAAGGAGAUGAAGUAAGAAAAGAAAAACCAAAACUCCCAUCCUACAUAACUACUUUGUAAGAGCAUUCAGGAAAGAAACUUUCAUAUUACACAUUAAAAUAAAAAAAAAAAGUCUUUUUUUAUCCUUAAACCAUUGGAGUUGAGGAGAAAAAAGUGUUACAAAUAUGUCCUAGCUAAAAUUUGAAGAGAAAGGAAGAAGAAAGCAAAGCCUAUAAUUGAAAGUCUCUUUUACAAGUCUGGAAAGGAAAAGGUAAAGGGCGAGAGAGACAGAUGAGAAUGAAGGCAAGGAAGAAAAGGGAGGUAAAUGACAAUACUUGAUAAGGAAAUGUAAUUAUAAGUUUUGUUGUGGGGCUGACAGAAGAAAAAAAAAUGGAGCUUUGAGAGGACAUCAUAAUUGUAUUUUGGUUAAGUAAUUUAAGGUAGGAGAAGGUGCUAAAUUUUUAUGCUUUAUAUAGUUCUUUUAUUUGACAAAGGGUAGAUUUAUAAUUGUUUAAUUGUAUUUGGAGGUUAAAUUGAUAAAAAAACAUGAUUGU